AUGUUCUCCUCGAUGUUUUAUAUCUGUAUUCUGAUAAGUGUCAGAAAAAUCACAAGUCAAUCAAAAUUCAUUAGAACUCGCCCGGAAAAAGUGAUAAUUUAUCAGACUUCGGUUUUACUUUUUGUCAAAUUCCUAUGUCUUCCUCUAAUUUUAUUUUUCUCCGAUUUCUAUGAGCCAGAUCUCAAUGGUGUUUUGAAUGUGGUAAUUCUCUCCAUGUACCUUUAAAAAAACAGGAGAAAAUUUAUUUUCAGCUCUACUAUUCUCUAUUUUUCAUUGAUAUCAUCACAACACCCAUCGUAUUUCAAAUCACAUAUUUAUUUUGCAACAAAACAAAUCUGGAAAAUUUGCUGAAAAUGAAUUUCAGAAAAUUAAAAACAUGGAAAAAUAUUUUUGGUAGACAUGGUGUUGAGGAUUUUCAUGUGCCACAUAAUAUUAUGAGCACCACAUCUGGAGUUUAA